AUGGUCACCUCGGCAGCCGAGUUGGCGUAUAAUCCGCACUUGACAGACAUUGUCAAGCACGACGACAAACCCUGGUACAAGAAGCCAAACUUGCGAUAUCUCUAUGUGAUUCUCAUUCCCUAUUGCGGCGGAGCUGAGUGGACCCUCGGUUUCGAAAGCGGCAUGAUGAAUAAUCUACAGGCAGUGGAUUCAUGGGUAGAGUACUUUAACCACCCAAGCGGCUCUACCCUGGGCUUGAUGACAGCUAUCCAAUCCGCUGGCAUGAUUGCGUCGGUACCUUUCAAUCCAUAUUUCAGUCAAUGGCUUGGCCGCCGCUGGACCAUUGUCUUUUUCACUGCCUUGCAGAUCAUCUUGAUGCCCCUUUGUCCCGAGUCUCCGCGCUGGCUCAUAUCGAGAGACCGAGGAGACGAAGCCUAUGCCAUUCUUCAAAAGUACCACAGCGAAGGUCACGACGGUGACGAAUACGUUCGACUAGAAUACGCCCAGAUCCAAUCUUCGCUGUCCCUGGAGAAGGAAAUGGCCUCCAGGUUCCUCUGGGGCGACAUAUUUCGAGACAAGGCCAUGUUUACCCGCUUUCUCAUUGCCGGGUGCAUUGGCUUCUUUGGCCAAGUGAGCGGCAAUGGUCUAGUCACAUACUAUUUUGCCAAGAUCCUGGCCAUUGUCGGUAUCACCAACAACCACACGAUACAGGUCAUUAUUCUUUCCUACAACUGUUGGAGCCUCCUCAAUGCCGUCCCGCUGGCCAUUAUCGCGCCUCGUUUCCCUCGUCGAAUGGUCAUGAUGAUUUCCGCGGCGGGUAUGGGCUUUUGCUUUAUAGCGUGGACGAUUGCUUCGGCCAGAUUUGCCAUUGACGCAUCUCACGCCGCUGCCAUCACCAGCAUCGUCUUUAUCUUUUUAUACAACCUGUUCCAGAGUACCGGUUUCCAGGGCUUGAGCUAUACCUACCUAAUCGAAUUAUAUCCAUACACUCAACGAACUCAGGGACUCGCUUUUAAACAAUUCGUCGGACGAGCUGGAAAUUUCUUCAACGCAUACGUCAAUCCUAUUGCGCUCGAUGCCAUUGCGUGGAAAUACUACAUGGUAUACUGUGUGUGGAUAUUCUGCGAGUGUGCUAUUGUUUACUUUCUUUUCCCAGAGACAUAUGGGCGAUCACUGGAAGAGACGUCAUUUCUGCUCGAGGGCAAGGAGAUCCACGACAAGGCUCAGCUAGGCGUCGACAAGGUCAUGCAGAAAGAGCUCAGAGAACAUGAUGCCACUGCUUGA